UCAUUCAUUGAUAAUUCAUUCAAUGAAAUAAAAAUGGUGGCUAAAAGUUUAUGUGAAAAUCGUAUGAAAUCGUUUUAAAAUUUAUUUAUCCCGAUGAUUAUUACAUAGUAUUAAAAAAUGUCCACUCCCGUGUCCAACCGCAAAUAUGGAGCCCAAAAAAUACGUUUGACUAUUCUAUGUGCCAGAAAUUUGGUUCGGAGGGACUUAUUUCGGUUACCAGACCCAUUUGCGAAAAUCUCUGUGGAUGGCAGUGGACAGGUGUAUUCUACAAACACCGUGAAAGCAACUCUCGACCCCAAGUGGAAUACUCAUUAUGAUCUGUACCUAACCAAAGGGGAUGGAAUCACAAUUAGUGUAUGGAAUCAGCGCAAAGUUCACAAGAGACAGGGUUCUGGAUUCCUUGGUUGUGUUAGAAUUCAGCCAUCAACUGUGCACAAAUUGAAGGACACGGGAUACCAAUGCCUGGAGUUAUGCGAAGAGGGUACUGGAGAGACAUGCGGUGUCCGGGGCCAAGUAAUCGUGUCGUUGGUAUCUCGGGACGCGGCGCGGGGUGAGCCGGCGGCGGCAGCUGGCGAGGGUUCUCCACUGGCUGUGGUGGGCCCCGCGGGCGAUGUACGCACUCCACGAGACCCUCGUGACCCACCGCCCGCGCAAAACGGGACAAGAAAUCCACUGCCACAACAUUGGGAGGAACGCUUUACUUCCAGUGGCAGACCAUACUACGUGAACCAUGCGUCUCGACGCACUCAAUGGGAGCGGCCAACAAACGAGGGCACAGCGCCCGUGUCUCCCGCCGCUUCGUCACCGCCAUCUUCCCCGACGCCAGCAGCUACACCAUCCAGCCCAGUUUCCCCAGCAUCGCCAUCCUCGCCCAUGUCACCAGUAUCAGACCCAGAUGUCAAUCAUGCUACUUCCAUAUCUUUAAGGCCUGAGCCACAGCCACAGACUGCAGUUAGGUCGCGCAUUCCCACAGCGACAUCGCCACCGGCCGGCACUACCGCCCAACCGACCACACCAACCACUCCAGUAACUCCUAUAGCCGCCACUGAUUUACCUCCUGGUUACGAGAUGCGCACAACAGCUCAGGGUCAGGUAUACUUCUACAACUCCAACACGGGUGCGUCGACGUGGCACGACCCCCGCGUCCCCCAACACUUGCGGCACUGCGCCGCGGCGGCCGGCCCGCUGCCGCCCGGCUGGGAGAUGCGACACGCGCCGUCGGGCAGACCCUACUUCGUAGACCACAACAACAGGACCACUCAGUUCACUGACCCACGACUAGCGCUCUCAGCUAGACUUCCACAACCUGAACUUGCGGCAGUUUCACCUUCAACCCCUGCAGUGGCAGUGCCCACUCAAUCAGUGACAGAACCACUGGAUUCCGACGCACUGCCCAAGUACAAGCGCGACUUGGCUGCCAAGGCGAGAGUUUUGAGAGCUGAACUACAGGCGUUGCAACCUCAAACAGGACAUUGUAGGAUAGAGGUAUCACGAAACGAAAUAUUAGAGGAAUCGUACCGGCUCGUAAUGAAGUUACGAGGCAAGGAGCUGCGAAAACGUUUGCUGGUGAAAUUCCGCGGCGAGGAGGGAUUAGAUUACGGCGGCGUCGCCCGAGAGUGGCUCCACUUACUGGGCAGGGAACUGUUCAACCCACAUUAUGGUCUCUUCCAAUAUGCGAACGCUGGCGACGAUCGAUAUGCGCUACAAAUUAAUGCGGAUUCUGGGGUAAAUCCAGAACAUCUAUCAUAUUUCCACUUUGCUGGACGCAUUCUCGGUGUAGCAUUGUUCCAUGGACAUCAGCUAGACGCGGCAUUCACUGCUCCCUUUUACAAGCAGUUGCUCGGCAGGCCGAUAACCUUACGCGACAUUCGCGACGUGGAUCCAGAACUACAUCGGUCACUUUCCUGGAUGCUAGAAAACAGCAUCGCCGGGGUAAUAGACACAACUUUCUCUGUGGAGUGUUCGUCAUUCGGCGCAGUCCGCAGCGUGGAACUUCGGCCUGGAGGUGCCAACGAAGCCGUGACGGAUGCCAACAAGCGCGACUACGUGCGGCUGUACGUGGCGCACCGCUUCACGCGCGGCGCGGAGCGGCAGUGGCUGGCGCUGCAGCGCGGCCUGGCCGACAUCAUCCCGCCGCAGCUGCUGCGGCCGCUGUCGCCGCGCGACCUGCAGCCGCUGCUGGCCGGCCGCGCCGACCUCGACCCGGCCGACUGGCGCCGACACACGCGGCUCAAGCAUGUCACGCACGACGCGCCUAUAGUCUCCUGGUUCUGGGAGAUUGUCGAAGAAUUCGACGCGGAGAUGCGAGCUAGGUUGUUACAAUUCGUCACGGGAUCCCGCCGCGUCCCGCUGGCCGGGUUCCGAGCCUUGCAAGGAUCGACUGGCGCGGCUGCUCCGCGACUCUUCACUCUGCACCUCGUGGCAGACGCGUCUCCCGACUCACUUCCGAAAGCUCACACUUGUUUCAAUCGUCUCGAUUUACCUCCUUAUCCUAAUAAGGAAAAACUUCACGACAAACUCAAACAAGCGGUGCUCGAAACGGCCGGAUUUGCUGUCGAAUGAUAAAGAUAUUAUUAUUACAUGAGUCUUGCUUUUUAAAUAGUAUACACAAUGAUAUUUAAGAAUUUAAUUCAAAAUGUGUUCAACAAAAAUCUAUAGCCUUUUAGAAUGUUACGUAUUUUGUGGUAUUGUGAUUGUUACUGUGUAAAUAUUGCAAAAGAUUGUGAGUACUAAAAAACUAGUCUGGGUGGUUUCGAAAUAAAGACAGUUAUAAUGAGACUGACGAAUUUCUGGGUGACAUGUCAUGACAAAAUUCUAUUUCCAAGGUAAGAGCUUGAGGGCAUUUUAAUACUUUUUUAAUUUAAAUCAUGCCAUGGAUAGGACUCAAUUAUGCUAAAAUAUUAACAUCGUAGGUUAGACCUUCUUUUUCACCAGUUGCUAAAGCUAUACUUACCAGUAAAUCGAUUUUAUAAAGGAAUGCGAACCUGAGGUGUCGGUUGCGCGCAAGUGGAAUAAUGCACAUUUAAUCGCUUUAUGGCUAGCUAUAAUAACGCUCAAAUAUAUGUUUAUACUUUUCUUUAAUUUAGAUUUUUACUCCUUCAGAAUAUUAUGAUCUAUUUAUUUACACUAACUUCCAGUGAAGCUAACAUUUAUUGGGCUUCCGAUUUUAUUUCAGGUUAUUAGAUGUCAAACAAUAGCAAUGUUACACUGUUAGUUUUCGUAAGUGGAAAUAUAAAUAUAACGGCAUAAUAACAUAAGUUCUAUUUUGCAUGUACAAAAUAGAUGGUAAUGAAUUAGGUAUCUGAAAUAUUUUUGUAGAAUAUAUUUGUAUAUAAUUUUAAUAAAUCAGUACAAAUAAAAAGUAUGCUAAUAUUUUACAUGUGUAUUAGCAUUGUUAUUCCUUUGAGUUUUCGAAAUUAUUUUAAGGCGAAUGCUCAUGCUUUGGUGCCUUAUUAUGUUAUUAUAAACAUAAGUAAUGUCAAAAUGUAACCAGUUGAUUUUAUUAUUUAUGACUGAAUAUUCCGUUUUAGUCGACGUAAACAUUUAACUUCCGAUUUAUAUGAAAUGUGUAUGAUAAUAAUUAUUAUAAGGUUUAAUAACUCGAAAACGUCAAUAUCUAAUUAGUAAUGUAUAAAUAUUUGCUUUGAAAAACAUUUAUGUUUAGUGUUUCGAUCAAAUAUGGUAUACUGAAUGGGAUCCAUGUAUGUUUCUUCUAUUGCAGUUUUUGCUGAAAAUACACAUCAAUUCCAUAAUGUUAAUAUGAAAAUGAAUUUUAUUAAAUUGAGUAUACAGUUGCGAUUCUGGUUAAUUAUACCGUGACUGUUGCAUUAUUAUAUGCCUAGAUUGUAAUAGUUUUUUUAAGAAGGAUCAGUGCCUUUACCUGUUAAAUUAAAUGACUCUAAUUAUAAAGCAGCGACUGUCUAGUGAUAUAAAUCUAUUUAUUAGUGGUAAUGAAUAUUUAAAAUUAUAACUAUUACAUUAUUUUUUCAAAAUA